AUGGAGACCCAGGUAAAUGUCAAAUGGUUUAAACACAGAUUGACUACUUUACACUAAACAUAUCUACAGUGCUAAAGGCGUUUCCACGGUUACUUUUCUUACACUGCAGGGUUAUUCACUAAAGUUAGAAUUCAAAGUAAUUUCAAAUUAAAGGUCAAAAUAGCCUAACUAGAAAAAAAAAUCUCUAAAUCUGCUCCUCCCUUCGACAUUUCCACAAAAUGACAUAGAAAGUACAAUAAUGAAAAAAAAAUAGUAAGGUGUGCAAAGUGCCUAUGUGAAGUCAUCGCAAUAGUAAAUAAUAAUAUACUUCCCCUUAUAUCUCCUUCAAGAGUAUCGAUAUACAGCCCUUUUUUUUUUUUUUUACUUUAUAAAGAUGCUGGAGUGAUAUAUCCAUACAGUGAGAACUGAAAGAAAAUAUCAUAGAGUAAUAUCUGAUACAGAAAAUGAUAGGUUGUGAUUAAACCCACUUGAAUGGUGUUGAGCUGUAUACAGGGUAUGUACGAAGCAUUGUUGAUGCUUCUUCAGUCCAUCUCUGUACACUAACCACCUCAACCUUCUUCGUGGGCUGAAGUGGUUAUGCCACACAGAUGGACUGUAAAAUCGGCAAAAUACACAGUGAAUGAUACACCAUGAUUUUGUUUCUUUCUGUCUUCUAAUAUAUAAUAUAUUCAUUGUAUUGAUAUAUUAUCCCAGCAUCUUGAUAAAGUGUAUUAAAAGGUGUUGUAUGUUGAAACUCCUGAAGAAAUUAAAAAGGGGAAGUAUAUUAUUGUUCCUUAUUCACAUAGGCAGGUUGCACAACUUACUAUUUUUUAUUACAGUUUGACUACUUAAAGUGGCAUGGUGCCAGUGACCUCCUAGUGAUUAUGGUGCCUAGUCAGACCCUUGAAGAAAGAAACAUUGUAGCUGUUGGAAGUGUCAGGAUUGGACUCAAUAAUUGCAGCAGCCACAAUACCCCAGAUUGUAUUUAAAAAUAAAAGUUGAGCCAAGGCCAGCCUUAAGUUUUUAAUUGAACACUCUCUGGUACAAUAUCACGAAUUUCCUGACUAUAGUUGUUCAAGCUGCUCUGCUGUGGUCCAGGUACCCUGGUUUCUGGCAGGUUAGAGAUGGUGGAAUGAUGUAGGAAACAAAAGUGUCGCCGCAAUCUCUUCUCUGUUGUUUAGAACUCUGAUGAAUGAGCUGCGCUUAGUGUUUCCGAGUGCCUGUUUCCGGCCAGUAGUGAUGACGCGUGUAUUCCAUUGAAGCUGUUGCGGGAGGCGGAAGUGAGCAGUAUGUAUGCAGACACUCUCAGUGUAUUGUUGUUAGCGAGCGUCAGACAGCACGUGGGGGUUUCUCUCUGGGAAUGAGACCCUGGUGUAAAGCUCUAAGUACAUGUCAUAUGAGCUUUGUAUGGCAUAUUCAAAUCCCACCAAUAUCAGACUGGUUUGCCAUUAAAGGGACACUAUAGUAUUUGUUUUCCUGACACUAUAGUACCCUGAGGGUACCCCUACCGUGGCGCUGAAGGGGUUAAAACCCCUUCAGUAGCUCACCUAAUUCCAGCACCAGGCUCCCUUACCUCUCCUCCCCCGCCGACGUCAGCAUCCUCAUCUGACAUCACAGGAGCCGAACGUGCAUGCGCGGCACUGUGUCCAUAGGAAAGCAUUUUUCAAUGCUUUCCUACGGACGCUGUGAGUGAUUGAGGCAUAAUAUGCCUCAAUUAUUGCAGAUGUGCUUCUAGUGGCUGUCCAGAAGACAGCCACUAGAGGCUGGCUUAACCCCAAAUGUAAACAUAGCAGUUUCUCUGAAACUGCUAUGUUUGCAUCUGAAAGGUUAAAACCUGAGUGACCUGGCACCCAGACCACUUCAUUGAGCAGAAGUGGUCUGGGUGACUAUAGUGUCCCUUUAAAACAUGUUCUCUGGGUGUUGCAAUGCAGUUUAACAUAGAAGUCAGACAUGCUCAAUUGAAAUGGGCCUUAACCAACUGAACAUGUUUUGGUUUUAGAGGGACCCUCUGGGCAUCAUAACGUACUCACUAUUAAGUUCUUAUGGUAUGAGGAGGUCCCAGGUGCUGAAUGGGUUAACCUCCCCUCUUUUUUUGAUGUUUUGAACUACAGCUCCCUCAAUCCCCAGGCUAUCUGUUUCAUUAAAAGAAUCUUGGGCAUUGUAGUUCAAAACAUCUGGGGGCAGCUGGUUGUGCAGGCCUGGGUUAAAGAAUUCCAUUAACAAACCUGUGACCUCUUACUUGAGGUGGUUUAAAUUGUUUAACCCCAAAGUCUGUAUCUGCCCCUGCACUUCUUCAGAUUGUUCCAGGUUUCAAUCAGGGAUCCUUGGUCCGGGCAGCACUGAGAGCAUCAGCUGACUGAGCCUAUCACUAGCUCCCCAUUUAGAAAAAAUGAGCGAAUGAGAUACCUAACUUUCUCACUCACUAUUCUAAAUGGAUUAGCUGAUGUUCUCCAUGUUUAAGCUGUGCACGGUGUGAGGCUUCCUGAUUGAAAUCUUGAACAUGUAGAGUAAGCACAGUAGCAGACGUUUAGAUUAAAGCCAUUAACUGUUUUUAACUCCUAAGAUAAGUCAGUGCCUAUGACCUUCUUUUACCAAUAUCACUUCUUUGCAAUUACGUUGUUAUGGUGCCCAGAGAGGUCCUUUAAUUCUGAUAACAAGUGUAAACAUAUACUCACUGUAGUGUAUAUGUUGCAUCUGUCCAACAGUAAGCUGUUCAGCCGUUUACCAUGGUUUGACAACUUAAUUAGGUCCUGCCAGGCGCCUGUGCCAUAUCGGUAGCAUCUGGUCUUCUCCAGCAGACUGGGCCAUAUUGCUCUUUUGAGCAAAGUGACCUGAUGCAUGAUAGUGCUCGGCUGAUACUCAGUCAACAAUUGAGGUUUUGCUUUGUUCUAAACUUUGAAAGCUGGCUUCUUCUGGAGAGGACCAGAUAUGGCUUGGGUGUACUAACACAGUUUGACAUCUCACCAUGGGAUGGCUGCAGGGCACUCCUGGCACAAUAACCACUCCGGUGGGCUGUAAUGCACAGUGUGACUGUUCGGAGCCCCUGAUCUCAGAGCAGCACUAGAAUUUACAUACAGCCUGCUUGAGAUUAGUGAAGUUAAAGGAAAUUGUUUGGAAUUCACUCAUUUAUAUCACCGCGGUAGAUAGUGAAACUUAUAUACCAAUCCUAAUUAAUUGUUAAGCUUCACAGAAAAAAAGAACACAAACUGCAACAUCUCCUUUAUUGAAUAUUGUCCAGACUGGAGAAAGACCCAAACUGAGAUUGAGCCUGCUCACCGUUUGACACAGUAAAAAUACACACUGUGCAAUGAAAAAGUUAGCAUUUUAGUUUUUUUCUACAUGGGAUUAACCCGUUAAUGACACAUGACGGAAAUAUUCCAUUAUGAUUCCCUUUUAUUCCAGAAGUUGUGUCCUUAAGGUGUAAAGGGGAGUUACCUGCCAGACAUUAACUGGUAACGUUAAUGCAGUCCCUGUAAUGUUAGUGAUAUGCCAUGCCAGGGUCUGGGGAGACAGGGACAGUGUAAUUGUCACUCCCUAGUUCCUCUGCCAGCAUAUCACUAAUGGUAACAGCAACAAAUACCAGCUUUUCUAGGAUUGUAACUCCAUAAUCUUGGAUAGAAUGGGACAUAUGUUCUAAGAUUAAAAUAAUUCUAACUUUAAAGGGACACUCUAUGUACUGUAAGCCAUUCAUAGGCAACCUUCGGAACUCCAGAUAUUGUGGACUACAUCUCCCCUUAUGCUUUGCUGGCAUUGUGGCACAGCAUCUUAAGUGCCAAAGGUUGCUUAACCCUAUUAGGAAAAAGAAUGCCAUCAAGGAGUUCUGGAAACUUCGUAAUAGACCACAAGAUUAAAGUUGAAGUGGUUUGUGAAGCUGUUCAGAGCCAGGACAUCUUUUAUAACCUAGAUGUGUCUUUCAUUGCAUGGUAGCACCAAGGUUUAAGUGUCCUGGCCUACCCUAGAUUGAUGGGGGGUGGCACUCACAACAGCAGCUGCUGUCCUUAAUUCAAUACUUAUGUUGUUGCAUGUUUGGAGAGAAUAUGUCACUGUCCCCCUUGCUCCUUUUCCAACAUCGGUAGAAAGACUGCAUUAAUAGCAGCAGCUGCUGUUCAGAAGUAUAACUUUCACUAAUCUCAUGCAAGCUUGGACUCGUGUUUCACAGCACUGCACUAUUUGGGCCUUACUAAUUGCACAGUGUCAGUAAUACACUAUACAGUUUUUAUUAUUACCACAGUUCCCACAUUGUGCUUCUUCUGGAGAAGUAAGCAUUGAAACCAGUGUUUCUCUAUGAGAAAUACACACUUCUAUUUUUCUGAUUCAAGGCAAGUGAGGGAGCUGAAAUGCGUUGCUAAAGGCAUUUAUAAAAAAAAAAAAGUACAGAUAUUUGUCAAAAUCAACACUUUUCUAAAAAGCAGAGGGGACAUGCAGUUAAACCACUGCAUGUCCCCUUUUUUACCCCAUAUUCCCUCACAAUGUAAGCACUUAAACCGUUUGCUAACAGUCUGACCUCUUACCUGGGUUUGCUGGUAGCCUCUCCCUGCUUAAUCAAGAGCUCUGAGCUAAGCCAAAUGUAUCAGGGCUUAGCUCAGUUGAGCUAACAGAUGUUCCUUGCAAUAACAAGACUAGAGGCUGGGAACAGCACCCAAUAGACCCCAGGUAAAAAAAAUCUAAAUGUUAUCAGUUUGACUCAUUACAUUGGUUGGGGCACCUGGUCACUCUUGGCACCAUAACCACUACACCACAUUGUAGUUAUUAUAGUGUUUGGAGUAUUUCUUUAAUCAUGACUGCAAAAGUACAUCAGUAAGUUAUACUUCCUCUUUUGGCUAUGUAGAUAUUGAGAUAGCAAUUGGAGAGCUUGAUUUCCUAAACAGUGUGCCUACUUGUGCUUCCAGCAUCCUUGUGACCGCUUGAUUUCUUGCUUAUGGGUUCAAUGUUUAACUCCAAUAAUUCCUACUACACGCUUUACAUAAGGUCACUUCAAGGUAAAUACUUGCAUCAUAGAGUCAUUGAUUUAAUUGGUAUCCCUCAACAGUUAGUUACAAAGAUGAGUGGUCCCUUGAAUUAUGGUACCAUAUAGCGAAUAGUAAAAUAGAAGUUUAAACAAAAAGAUUAAAAUCUUUAAUUAAACAAGUGCCAUGCGGUAUACUAUUUUAUUAGGACAAUGAUAGAGCAGAAGUAUGUGGAUAUCAAUUGACUGCCUGGAAGCCAUCCAAUAGCUGUUUCUGUAUUUGCAGAACUCUGAACUGGUCAUUAUGCUGAGUAAUAAAAAUACCGCAAUAUCUAGAUUUCUACAUAGGAGUGGAAGGUUUAAAGAUUGCUAAUAUACUGUUGUGAGUCACCAAAAAAAUGGUUUUGCUUGUUUUUUACUGUCAUGUAUCACAGCACUGAUGUCAUUGCCUUAUUUAAUAAGGCUGAACAGCCUGCUCCUCAAAUGGAACCAUAUUGUUUGGCUUAACAACACAGGCAGAAUCGGGACAAAAAAAUCCAAGGCUAAACUAAACAUUUGCUAGCAGUAUGGCUAUCACAAUUUAUAAGAUGAAAUUUUAUUCCUUGUAAAUUGGCACCAGUUUUUCCUCAUGACAGGUGCACUUUAAAUAUAGGGUUUCAAUAAGGGCCCUGUUAAUCCAGGUUUUCCCAGCCCCUGCUGUCUGGAAGAUGUCUGUUGUGGUCAGAGGCAGAUGCUGACUGGUUUCAAAUUCACAAGCCCAAUUAUUCAUCACUUACUUUAUCAAACUGUGUGCCUAGGUUAACAUUUGCACUUGUGAGUAAUAAGUGAUUUUAACCUAGCUGGCAUUUGCUCUAUUGACUUUAUUACUUGUAUGUGUAUAUAUAUAUAUAUAUAUAUAUAUAUAUAUAUAUAUUUUAAUAUUUUCUUUACACAAUGUAUAGUAAAUAUUACACUGUUUUAUCUUUGCACUAACACAUUUAGUCAUAUUGUAUUUGAUUUUAUCUAGCGCAAAUUUGUGUGGAGUGCCAGGGUGUUUAUGAAUGUAUGGGUUGUGUACAUUUCUUUGUGAGUAUAGGGGUGCAUUUGUGUGUUUUUGCGAAUUCUAUUAAUAAAGGAAGGUGAUGGGUCAUGGUGUAUGUUGGGGGUAUAUAUAUAUAUUUUUUACAUGUGUACAUGUAUUUGUGUGAUGUGUCAGUAUGUAUGGAGUGACUUUGAAUGCAGUAGGGUAUUAAUCUUAUCUUAAUACUCAUAAUUAGAGAUCGACCGAUAUUGAUUUUCUUUCAGGCCGAUAGCUUACCGAUAUUGUGUACAUUUACCGUAUUUAUUUAUUUUUUUGCAAAUCUUUUUUUUUAUUAGCUGGUAAAUGCACAAAAUAUACAUGCCAGUCAGGUUUUUUUUUAUGUUUUCAAGAAUAUUUGUGUGUGUGUGUAGUGGAUGCAGUGAGAGUAUUUGUUUGUGUAGUGGAUGCAUUGUGUGUGUGGGUAGUGGAUGCAAUGUGUUUGUGUAGUGGAUACAGUGUGGGUAGUGGAUUCAGUGUGUGUGUGUGUGUGUGGUGAAUGCAGUGUGUUUGUGUGUAAAUAUGUGCGGAAGGACCUUCCCCACCCCUUACCUGUCUCUUAGUGCCCCCCUUAUCUGUCCCCCCAUUCCCCUUAAUGUUCCUCUCCCUUCUCUUUUAGUGCCACCCCCCAACCCCAGUGUUCCUUUUCCCUUCCCUCCCCUGUACCUUAGUGUCCUCCCUUAAUGUUCCUCUCUCCCCCCUAGUGUUCCUUACCACCCCCACCCCUUGUCCCAUAGUGUUCUACCACACCCGUCCCAUAGUGAUUCUUACCACCCCCCUUCCGUCCCUUGGUGCCCCUCUCUCUUUCCCCUCCUUGGUCCCCGGUGUGUAUCUCCCCUCCUUGGUUGCGUGGCCGAGUGGAGCAGUGCGCACCACGGUACAGGAGAUUCAGUCUCCUGUACCUGGCCUGACUGACAGGAAGUGUUCUCUUAGUGAGCACUUCUUUCAGUCUGGCCAGGUACAGGAAACAUAAGACAUAACACAUCCUGCCGGUGACUCCUAUCUAGUGCCCCCCCCACCCGGUCCGUUGCGCCCUAAGGCGGACGCUUGUGCCGCCUUAUGGACGCGCCAGCCCACCCAUGCAUUAUCGGUAUUGCCGGUGAUUAUCAGCCAAUACGGAUACUUACAAAAACAUCGGAAUAUCAGCCGAUAAUAUCGGCAAAACCGAUAACCGGUCGAUCCCUACUCUUAAUUAUCUUAGAGUAUUAAUGUUAUCUUAGCCAAUCACAAUGCUUUCCCAUUGGAUUGGCUAAGAUUGUCAAUUCUGUAAUCUCAGCCAAGGAGGUGGACGGGAGGGGCGGAACCAAACAAUCAAUGCAUUUCUAUGAGGAAAGUUCAGUGUCUCCCAGCAGAGGGUAGAGACACUGAAUGGCAGUGUUCACCCCCAUUCUUAUUUCUUGACAAGUUGUGAUCUGGACUUUAAGUCUUUUUCUUAUUCACCGUGAGAUGAAAGCCUCUGUAUUGUUAGCACAUACUAAUUUAUAACUGGACAGAAUCAGCAAAAUCUAUUUGUUUACUGUCUUAGUUAAAGUGGUUUAUGUCGUAAAUUGAAUUAGACCAUUGUAUAAAAAGACAUUUGGGUUUCAACAACUUUUUCUCAAUGUCAGAAAAACAUUAUACCACUAUUUGGUUUUAAACAGCUACAAAAAGACUGAUGUUGUUUUUCUUAAUAUUCAUGUUUUCUUAGCAUAAUAUGUCUGACAGCAUGUAUGCUUUUGCAUUGAGGAUCAGUGUGAAUGCUGAGUUGAAAUUAUGCGGUGGGUCAGAGUGCAUAUAUAAAAAUGUAUUAGGUUAGUGUGUAUGUGUAUAUUUGUGUGAAGUGCAGCAGUGUGUCAAUUCUUUGUUGUUUUGUUGAAGGAUCAGUGUGUAUGUUCCUGUGUAUUAUUAUAGGGUUAGUGUGUGUGUGUGUGUAUUAGCAUUGAGAAACACUGUAUGUUAGAAUGUAGUGGUGUAGUUGGAUGGUCAGUGUGUGUGUGAGUCCAUGCAGGUCUAUAUUUACGUGGAUGGUUACACUGUGUGAGUGCAACGAUGUAUGCGGGAUCAUUAUAUGUAUGAGAAGGACCAGUGUGGAUUUUGUUCCUGUGUAUGUGCUAUCAGGUUGUGUAAAAGUUGGACUUUAUUUGUGUGGAGUGUCAAUGGGUGUAUGUAAGUGCAGAGAUAUAUUUGUAAAGGAGUGCCUUUGUUUUUGGGAAUACAGCAAUUUAUUUAUGCACUGUGUCAGAGUGUUUGAAUUCAGGGAUGUGUUUGUAUGGUAGCUCUUGUGUGAAAUGCACAGAUGUCUUUGAAUGGAGUGUCUGAGGGUGAGUGGCCUAGUCUAUUUUUGUGUCACUUACUAUUUCCCCACAAGUGUCCCUAGCUUUCCAACUCUGUGCAGGACAACUCUGCUCCCAUGCCAUUUCAGUGACCUCCUGCCAUUUUAAUAGUUCUUACCCAAAAUGUAUUUGCACCCUUUCUUGUGAUUACCCUUCCAACCGGAGAGGACUCAUUCUUUGUGUAUAAUGACGUCUACUACUAGAUGGGCUGCUGGUAGUGUUCUUCAGCCCAGCUAAAAAACGUGAAACACCUCCGUGUCAUAUAAAGUUUCUCUUUCUCCCUAACACGCCUUUUCUUUUUCCUGUUUGCUUGUACUGUUAGGGUUCGAUAACAUGGCAUUAAGAGCCUGUGGUUUGAUCAUCUUCAGGAAGAUUAAAUCAGGAAUCCCAGCUUGUAACAUGAAUGAUAUCGAAUUUCUUCUUCUGCAGACUUCCUAUGGCAUCCACCACUGGACCCCUCCCAAAGGUGACCUUGAUGUGUUAAGGACUUGAAUUAAUUAUAUCCAUUUCUAGACAUAUCUCUGCAGCAUUUAUGAAUGAUAGAUCUGUUUUUCCCUCAUCUACACCUUCUAAAAGUUAUUUACAUUUUGUCAAUAUACACAUACUGUAUCACUUUCACCUGCCCUAGGUCCAGCAGGACAGUACAUUGGUGGAGCUUUGUUGUGUUGACACGUUUGCAUCCAUUUUUCAGUUGAUUUUUGGCACAAUUUACCCAGAUUUCUUUUUCCAUCUGUUGCUUCUAUUGCACCAUACCCAUCAUUUUUGAAUAUACAUAUUUUUUCCAGCAACAGAUUUAUAAAUUUUUCCAAAAGUAGAGUGAUGGAAUUUUUCCAGCCUUUAUGAAUGUAACGGACCGUUUUGCACACAAGAGGUUAAAAACCGGUUAGGCGAUAUUCCCCUUUCCAGAUGCACGGACAGCUACUGCAAGCACCAAUCUCCCGAGCUGCAAACUACACAAAUCCUCCAACUCCCGAACCGGAAACACACGAAUACUGGAAACAGCCGAACAGGAAAAGCAUACAAUCAGCUUACACUCCUGGCAAUCGGCAUACAAUCCAAUUCCCCCCAAGAACGAGACGACACUUCGUUUUGAGGGUCAAGCAGAAUCUGGUUUACUGGGGCUACCUGUCCGGCUUUUAUGCAGGUCUCACCUAGGGGACAAGAUGGAAGACUGGGACACAAAGGGUGAAAGGACCAAUCACAGACUUACACAUUUCAACAAUCCCACAAUGCAUCACAAUCCCUCCUCUCUGGCCUGGAGAUAAUUGGGAAGUAAUCCAAUUAUCUCCAAGGACAGAGGCAAAACUCCAUUACACAAAUUUUCAGUAAAAAGACAUAAAAUUACAUACGGUUACCUUUAUCACAUAAAACACACACAUUCUACAUAUCCCCAGAUAGCUUAGAUCUGAGCACAUUAUUACCGAAUGGCGCUCAGAUCACAUACAUACAGUUUAAUCACCAUGGAGCCAAAGUCUUUUCCAUAGUCUUUCGUUUCACGAAUAGGCUCCAUGGCAUAGCUAUCUGGGGUGAUGCUGUUCAUACGGUCAAACUACCGAAUGAACAGUCAUUCAGUUCCAUUACCGAAUGCAGAGGUAAGGAGGCUAACGGCUCAGCGGUGUUCGCGCAAACAAGUGUCCGUUUCCAGUUCCAUUGUUUGGGCGCUGAACACCACUGGCCAUUCAGAAGUUAAAAUGGCCGCUGCCACGUUUUCCGCAAACGAACAAAGGCCACCCAGCGUUCGUCAAUUAAGCUGCGGUUAACUGCAGCUUCUGGGUCGUCAAUUGACGGCACACUCCAGUUCCCAGGUGGUCGAUCGUUCGGUACUUUGUUCGGUAGAUUGAAUCUACCGAACACCCCGGCAGAAAGGCACUAAUACGCCUUUCUGCAGGGAAAAUCAAAAGUUUUAAAUGCCUGGCCAUAGUCUAAAGGGAGCAGGCGAGCAACCAGGCUUCUCCAGUGGACAGUGGCAAGGCUGGUUCUGCCACAAUGAAUAUGGCAAUCUUUUGCAAUGGAAAUUUCUGGCUGAACUGGUGUAAUUUACUGUAAAGAAUUCCAACAAUUUUUAGAUUAUUAUUAAUAAAUACCAUCAAUAUAAUGAUGUAAUUUAACCAUAACAUUUCAGAACACUUUGAUAAAUCUCCCCCAAUUGUCUCACAAUUUUCCCCAACUACCAGAGAAGUCUGAAUUGAGAAGUGCAGGAUAUAAAUCAAAUAUAUUUGCCCAGAUUUAGAAGAAAAACAUCUACGCAUGGGCUUAUUCAAUAAAGUAUAAAUUGCUUGGAAAUCAAAGUGUCUAAAAUAGUCAAACUAAAUUUUCGUUCAGAUUUGCUGUUCCCAAAAUUUUAACUUUAGUGAAUAAUCAAGUAAUGCAGUUGUAGAAAGUGUUGUCAAUACAUUUUGACUUACCGUAUAUUUAUUAUAAGAAGACUGCUCUUAAAGAAUAUAUUUUUUUUAUUUUUGUAAGUGCUGUUUCUCUUUCAGAUUCAGAACUGCCCACACUUGCAUUUUGCACACAUUCAUUUAAAGUGCCACACAGAUUAAAGUUUGAAACUUAAUCUUAGGGCGCUGCUACAUGACUUGUUCCAUAAAUAACUGUAUUAGCAGUUUUCUGUGGUCUGUCUAAUAAGCAUAAUUUUCCAUGACAUAUCGUGCCACUUACUACAGCCAAAAUGGUAGCAAUCUAGCUCUCUGAGCUGGUUAUCAUGUAGGAAUAAGUAACUGGAGGAAAGCAAGUCACUGUGUGCUCAAUCCCUAGUAGCAAAAUUGAUAUUUAUCUAAAUGUUCUUUAUUACAGCAAUUGAGCCAAUAUAGAGCCAGUAGUUUUGGUUAUAGUAAAUGACUGGCACUAGUACUGGUGAAUAAUAGCAAAUUACUGGAGAUAGUAGUUUUGGUUAUAGCAAAUUACUGGAGACAGUAGUUUUGGUUAUAGCAAAUUACUGGAGACAGUAGUUUUGGUUAUAGCAAAUUACUGGAGAGAGUAGUUUUGGUUAUAGCAAAUUACUGGAGAUAGUAGUUUUGGUUAUAGCAAAUUACUGGAGAGAGUAGUUUUGGUUAUAGCAAAUUACUGAAGAGUAGUUUUGGUUAUAGCAAAUUACUGAAGAGUAGUUUUGGUUAUAGCAAAUUACUGAAGAGUAGUUUUGGUUAUAGCAAAUUGCUGGAGAGAGUAGUUUUGGUUAUAGCAAAUUACUGAAGAGUAGUUUUGGUUAUAGCAAAUUACUGAAGAGUAGUUUUGGUUAUAGCAAAUUACUGAAGAGUAGUUUUGGUUAUAGCAAAUUGCUGGAGAGAGUAGUUUUGGUUAUAGCAAAUUGCUGGAGAGAGUAGUUUUGAAAACUAAAAUGUAAAAUUUAGGUAAAAGUAGUUGAUUUGGAAAUAAUCUCCAACCAAACUAUAUUUACAGCCAGGCUAUUUUAGCAUGAACAUUGCUGUUCAGUAUUGACUGCAGUACAUUUCACUUAUUAGUUAAAGUAAGUGAAGUUUGCUGAGUCUGGCAUAUUUGCGACAGUUUAUAAAGGUGCCAAUUUCAAUAAAAUCAACACUUUUAUAAUUGGGAGCGGCAUCAUUUCCUUGACUGUGUUCCACAGAUAUAACAGAAGCAGCAGGUGUGCUAAGCUAAAGUGUGCCUGCCUGCCUGACUUCCUCAAUUCUCAAUGCGUUGUAAUAGAGUUCUUUAAGAAACCUUGGAAAGAUGCAAUUGUGUGCGCAUGCUCCCUGCGCCAGCACAGAAGCUUCUCAAUGAGAUUGGUGUAUUCCACAGCACAGACUGAAACGGGAGGGCUGCAGCUUUUGCAAGCUAUUCAUAUAAACCAAAGAAAACAUGCAAAAAAUAUACAUGCAUGUUUCCUUUAGGGUUUUUUCUACAAAAUUGUAAAAAAAACAAAAAACAAAUUUGAGUAAUGCAAUGCGAAGAAAAUCCUGACCUGGAUAUUGACCAACCAUAUCCCCAAAAUAAAAGUGAAGUGGUGAAAGACAGAACCACACAUAACUGCCAGUAGUGACACAAAUUACUGAAUGGUGUGUUAGCCUGGGUGACAAAACUGUCUGUACAUCUUCAAAGGAUAUUGUAUUCUUUAAUAAGAAGUACCGUAGUAUUCUGGCUGGAUGUUUUAUGUAGCACCACCUAAUGGUUGAAGGCUGUCUUGCAUUAGUUAUGAGUACUGCCUGCACAUUCUCUCAGUUCUAUUUUCACAUGUUUAGAGGGUAAUUGCAGACUGAAAGCAAUUGGUUUUCACUGACCGAUUUCUUCUUUGCACACACCACGCACACAUUUUGACCCGUUUUAUUUUGUUUACCGUUGUAAUGAUAACUGAGCAUCGUUGGAAAUUUUGAUGACAGUUGUUGGCAGUGUACUAAUGAGCAGUUAGAGCAUUUGCAGUCUACUAUAUGUCCCCAAUUUUUUUCCAGACACCUAGCACAUAAACCUUAAGGGACUGUGCCCAAAGACUCUUUUCACCAUAGCCACUGAACUAAGCUGUAAUGGUUAUAGUUCUUAGAGUGUCCCUUUAAGCAGUAAGGAGGCGUUACAUCUAUUGAAUCACUGCAUUCUUAAUCUAAAAUAUGAACUAAAUAGGUUUGGACUUUACCCAAAGCUUACACAUCGUUGUGUUUUUAGGUCAUGUGGACCCCGGAGAAGAUGAUCUGACCACAGCCCUGCGAGAGACGGAGGAGGAGGCUGGGCUGAACUCCAGCCAGUUCAACAUUGUGGACGGCUUCAGGAAAGAAUUAAAUUACAAUGUUAACGAGAAGCCCAAAACUGUCAUUUACUGGCUGGCGGAACUGAAAGACUUUAAUACAGAGGUUAAACUCUCUGAUGAACACCAAGAUUUCCGCUGGCUGUCUCUCCCUGAAGCGUGUAAAUAUGCAGGGUACAAAGAUUUGCAGGACACUCUGAAAGAGGCAAAUGAGUUCCUUCACUCUCGCUCGGGGUAA